UAUUAGUAUUAUUUCAGCCCAAACUUUACAUCCCUUCUAGCGCCAAAGCCAUCUGCCCAAUUCAGGCAUUCCAGCAAUUGACCGAACUCGCAAAGCUCGCUGCUCGCUGCAUCUGCGCAAUUCAAGCCAGGCCUCGCAGUCUCGCACCAACGCCAAGCGCCCUGCUGCCCUGCCGCGGUGCCUCCCACCGCGCCGACUACCUCGCCGCCCACCGUGCUCUGCGCCUCCGCCAGUCCGCCUCCGGACCUCCACGGCUCCACAGUCCGGAUCUGCCCCUGCCUUUGCAUCGUAAGAUAAUCUACCAUCCUUGUCGCCCUACCCCAACCGAUUUUUCACUGAAGCUACCGUCUCUAUCUGGCUCACGCAAUCGUCGAUCAAUCUUCAAGCAGCGCUGCUCGUACAGAUCUCAAUCAAAUCAGACCCAUCCUUGGUGAUUUGGGUAGAUUCAAUCUUAAAAAACUCUUCUCCAUUUAAUUUCUUCCACCCAAUCUGGACCUCAAAGAGAAACAUCAUUAUUUCUCUUUUUCCGCAUCAUAGGUCUUGCGUGGAAGCAGAUCCCAGAAAUCUUUGAUAGCUAUUCAACACCAAAAUAGUUUCCCAUACGGCCUAGUCCAGUACACUCAUCUAUAUUCAGAAGUCCGGAACAAAUCUCUUCCUCUGCAUUUCUUCCUCCUUUGAUCUGCUACCUUUCCAUUCCUCAAAACAGUAAUGGCCGGGCAAAACCAGCGCUUAAAUGUGGUCCCUACUGUGACAGUGCUUGGCGUGGUCAAAGCUCGCCUUGUUGGGGCCACGAGAGGCCAUGCCUUGCUCAAGAAAAAAAGUGACGCUCUCACUGUGAAGUUUAGACAGAUCCUAAAGAAAAUCGUUUCCACUAAAGAAUCAAUGGGAGAGAUCAUGAAAACUUCUGCCUUUGCUCUGACAGAGGCCAAAUACUCAGCCGGCAACAACAUCAAACACACUGUUCUAGAAAAUGUGGGGACCGCAACUCUCAAGGUGCGUUCCCGUCAAGAAAAUAUAGCUGGUGUCAAGCUCCCUAAGUUUGAGCAUUUCUCCGAAGCAGGAGAGACAAAGAAUGACUUGACAGGGUUAGCUAGGGGCGGGCAACAGGUCCAAGCCUGCCGUGUUGCCUAUGUCAAAGCAAUCGAGUUGCUUGUUGAGCUGGCGUCCUUGCAAACAUCGUUUCUCACACUUGAUGAGGCAAUCAAGACCACAAACCGGAGGGUCAAUGCGCUUGAGAACGUUGUGAAGCCGAGGCUGGAGAACACGGUUAACUACAUCAAGGGAGAGCUUGAUGAGUUGGAAAGAGAGGACUUCUUUAGGUUGAAGAAGAUACAAGGGUUCAAGAAGAGAGAGAUUGAGAAACAGAUGGCCGCCGCUAGACAGUUUGCUGGGGAGAAGGCCGCUGAGGAUUUGUCUUUGAGAAAAGGCGUUUCGCUUGGCGCUGCACAUAACUUGUUGUUGACCCCACAGCAUGAUGAGGAUAUCAUUUUCUGAGGUGGAUGGUAUAUAUAUAGAGACAUUGUUGAUGGACAAAUCUCAUCUGCUGAAUAAGACAGACCUAUCUGCAGGCCGGCUUUUAUUCUUUGAACCAUUUGGAUACAACUUCAUAUGUUUAUUAUUAUGUGAACAUGAAUGCCGAUCCCAAAAUCUUUUGGCAAUAAGGCUUGUAUGUUGUUAUGGUUGAAUGUCAACUUUUAUUUCUGCGGUAUGGAUGAAUUACUUUGUAGUUUGUACUCUUGAUUAAUAUGAAUGUAUUUUGUGCAUUUUGUUUCUUUUCCCA